AUAUCUUCCUCAUCUAUUGUUUUUCUCUUACGACCGUCCCCAAUACACCAGUCUGCACUACAGAUGGAACGCGAAACGAUCGAGGCCCUACGUCAAGAGCUGCGCUCCGUCGGCUCUGCCUCCGUUGGCCAGUUAGAAAAGCAGGCGGCAUCUUCAAUCCGAGUUCCCCAGCCUCCUCGGCCUAUUAGCAGUCAAGAAGCACAUUCUGAAGUAACCGGUACUGACGUCUCCGUAAAAGCAAAGGUAUGCAGGUCUCAGACACACUUAUGCCAAAACUGGGCGUAG